AAGUCGAAAACGAGAAGGGCAGAGAAUUAGUGUCAGUCGGAAUAUUGGAAUUCUAACAGAAAAAUGUCUGAUGAAGUGAAGAAAAUCGAUCUGUCCGGUGACGGCGGUGUCCUAAAGGAAAUUCUGAAAGAGGGUACCGGCACCGAGACACCAAAUAACGGCUGCAAAGUUUCUUUGCAUUACACCGGCAGACUGGUCGAUGGCACUGAAUUCGAUUCAAGCGUCGGCCGCAAUGAGCCCUUCGAGUUUGAGCUCGGCAAAGGUCGUGUUAUCAAGGCCUUCGACAUGGGUGUUGCCACCAUGAAGUUGGGCGAGCGCUGCUUCCUUACAUGUGCUCCGAAUUAUGCUUACGGCGCUGCAGGCAGUCCUCCGAGCAUACCUCCAGACUCAACACUUAUAUUUGAGUUGGAGAUGUUGGGAUGGAAGGGCGAGGAUCUAAGCCCAAAUCAGGAUGGCAGUAUUGAGCGUACGAUUCUUGAGUCGAGCGAUAAGAAACGCACUCCCAGCGAUGGAGCGUUUGUCAAGGCACACAUUUCUGGAACUUUCGAUGGACGUGUAUUUGAUGAACGCAACGUAGAAUUUGAUUACGGAGAGGGCAGUGCUAUUGGUAUUGUCGAAGGCGUCGAGAUUGCUCUUGAAAAAAUAAGCAUUGGUGAAACUUCCAAAAUAAAAAUUCAACCAAAAUAUGCUUUUGGCGCCAAAGGUAAUGAAGAAUUUAAGAUACCGCCAAAUGCAACCGUUGAAUAUGUCAUCAAGUUAAUUGAUUGCGGCAAGGGUCUAGAGGAAUGGAAACUUAACGAUAGCGAACGCAUUGCUGAGGCCAAAGUCUAUAAGGAAAAGGGCACCAACUACUUUAAGAAGGAGAACUGGGCAUUAGCUAUUAAAAUGUAUAACAAAUGCAAGAACUUGUUGCCCAAUACCACAGAUACCGAUGAUGAGGCGAAGAAGUUAAAAGUGGCUACCCAUAGCAACAUCGCGUUGUGCCAUCAGAAGAAUAAUGAUCAUUUCGAGGCAAAACAGGAGUGCAACGAAGUGCUCGCCUUGGAUUCAAACAAUGUGAAGGCGCUCUAUCGACGCGGUCAAUGCAAUUUGACAAUCAAUGAACUAGAAGAUGCCUUGGAAGAUUUUCAGAAAGUAAUACAACUAGAGCCUAGCAACAAAGCCGCUGCUAAUCAGGUGGUUAUCUGCAAGCAGAAGAUCAAAGAAACAAAGGACAAAGAGAAGAAGCUAUAUGCGAAUAUGUUUACCAAAUUGGCGGCCGGCGACAAAGAGCCCGAACCACCACGUGACACGGAUGUGCUCUCCAAAUGCGGCGAGUGGUCCGAGGAGGAUGCAAAACGUGAAGCGGACUUGACGCUGGAACGCGAUAACAUAAUAAUGAUCUAAACGGAAUAGGAUUUUUACAAUUAUACAACACGCUUAGUUUCUACUUAAAAAGCCAUUUAUAUUAUUGGCUUUCUUAUUCCCACAAUGAAUUCGAAACAAAAUUGUAAUGCAUUGUAAAAACACAAACGGAUGCUCCAUUUAUAUAACUUAAUUUUGGCAUUGGAAUAUACAUGAAUGUAAAGCUAA